AUGUGCUCGUACAGUGACAAUGAUAUUUAUGGAAGCAUAUGCACAAUUUUAAACAAGGAACAGUUUAAAAACUUUUGUGAGAAUAACAUUUUUGGUUAUUUUAUAAAGAAGAAGCAGUGUGUAGUGCAAGCACAGUUGUGCAGAUGCAUUAUGAAGCUUGAGGUUGAGAAUCAAAUUCAUCGAUUAUUAAAUUGGAAGACGAUUGCACCUCGUCCACGAUAUGGGUUUUUGACGAAUGCUAUGUUCAAGGACAAUGGCAAGGAUCCACCACCAAAGAAGAUCAAUGAACGUUCAAAGAAGAAACAGAAGGUGGAUUCAUCAACCCCAGUAGCGAAGAAACCUUCAGGGAAAAAGACUCCAUCUCAUCGUGCUGCCAAGGCUGCUGUAGUGAAGACACCAGUAUUCAAGCUAAUUCCAACACGACAGGCUUCUUCUUCACAAACGAAGGAAGGUAAGCAAAUAGUUAGGGUUAUUUUUCCUCAGGUACAGUCAAAGGCAGAUAGUCAUGUAGAGGAAGUAGCCGUGUCAAAGCGUGAGAGUCAUGUUGAGAAAGAAACAUUUAUUUCUAAGAAAGUUUUUGAUGUAUUCCGCGAAGAGGUUCGUCAAGAGUUUAAAGGAGUUCGUGAAGAGUUUACUCGAAUUCGUCAAUUAGUGAAGAAAAAGUUCAAAAAAAUGGUCAAAGCAAUUGGACAUAGCAAGCAACAAUAUGAAGAUACAGAGGUUGAAGCACAACAGAUGGAUUAUGCUGGUGUCGAAACAUCACCACAACAAUUCAGUCCUACUGUUGAUCAAAAUUUGGAUGAGAAUCAGGAUGGUUGCAUUGAUUUGCAUCCAGAUAAAACAAACAUUGAAAUUGAUUAUCAACAUUUAAUCCCUGAUGAGCUUUUCCAAAGUAUAAAUUUGGAUUAUAAUCUUUCUGAGAAUAUUGUUCAUCACGAUGAUCGAAUCACUAAUGAGAAAUUGGAUGAUACAAAUUUGUCUGAUUCAGAAAGCAUCACGAGACAUCCAUUGGCAACUUCUGAAGAAGAACAAAUUGAUGAACAUUUUAAUGAUAAAAAGUCCGAAUCUGUUGUUCAAGAUCAUUGUCAGGAAAACAAAGAGAACAUUGGAUCAAGCUCUAAAGCAGACAUGCACGAAAAGGUUGAUCUUGGUAUGGAGGAGCAGAUUAUGACAACUCCUAAAAUACAAGAAUUAACUACUGAUGAACAAAGGGAUGAAACGAUUUUGUCUGAUUCACAAGACACAAUCCAUGAUGACUUGCUUCUUAGUUUGAAUGUAUACAGUAGUAAAAGCAUCAUUGUUCAUCCCUCUGAUAAUUGUGAACUUCAAACUCCUAUUCCUAAGUUAAGGAUUAGGCGACCAUCCAAAUUCAAAGAGUCACCUUACACGAUGAAAUUUGUUUCAGUUGCUGAUAAAUUGGAAGGGCACAUACGUAUAUUCCCACAGAAACAUUCAUUUAUUUAUCAUCCGAUUGAUGGGAUUGUGUAUAUGAAGAUUGUCAACAAGUUCAUGGAUUGGAUUUCUAAAGACCUUAUCAAAGUUCAUGCUAAAAGAAAGGGAAAUGCGGAUCAUUACAAAAGGGGGAAAUCAACCAUUCCAAUGAUGCAUUUAGAAAUUGAGACCAUUGAAGAUAAAAACUGGUUCUACACAAUGGGGUUUCCUGAUCAGUCAUGGACCGACUCGCAUAUUGAUGUUUGCUUCUACUACUUAAGGAAGAAGUCGAAGUAUGACCCCAACAGGUCUUACAAAUUCAGCACAGCGGGAGGACAUGUGGCACAUCUUAAUGAAUACAUAAAUGGGUUCCUUAUGCAUGCUGCUGUGCCAUGGCAUACAAUGGAAGACAUUUAUAUUCCAGAUUAUGGGACCAGAAAGCAAGACGUAAAUGUUCAUAGUAAUGUCGAACCACCUUUGAGUCCUCCAAGGUACUGA